CUGGAGCAUCUUCAUACACACACACACACAUUGCCAUUUUUUCCUUCCAUCUCUUCCACUGGAGCCUCUUCAUCAUGUGAAUGCAUCAGUGAUAUUCUUCGUUUAGACACAGCCGGAUACAGCAGUAACGUGUGUUUCCUUUCGGAACGCUCUGGCGCGUGCGCGCGCACGCGUGUGUGUUUUUGGAGCAACAUCCUGACGUGUGGAUACUGCAGCACUCUGCUGUGGAGACGAACCUGGAUGGCAUGAGGACCUAGAGGAGCUCCAGGCUCUGAGCUCCCCAUCAUCAUUGCUGCUAUUGCUGCUGCUGAUACUGCCAAGGAUGCUCAUGCCUCGUGAAGGCGGGCGGGAUGAGGCUCAGAAGCUGCACAGAAAAUGGAUGAAACACCAGGCCUUCAUGGCCGAACUGGCUCGCAACAAAGAAUGGCUCGCCAAAAUCGAACAGGAGGGCAAGGAGCUGAUCGAGGAGCAGCCUGAGCUUGGGCCUGUGGUGCACCAGAAGCUGAAGGAGAUGAGGGAAUGCUGGACACAUCUGGAGAGCACCACCAAGGCCAAAGCUCGUCAGCUGUUCGAGACACAGAACCACAGAACCACAGAUGUUCCACCGCACAGCCUUUCGGAUCUGGACCAGCACCUCAGCAUGCUCCAGGACGAGCCACCACAUUCGUCACACUCCUCACACGCAGCAUACUCCACACACACCAGCCCCUCGGCCAGCGCCUCCAUCCUGAGCCCUCGGACCACAUUUAGCCAGCAACUGCAAAGGAUAAAGUCAAUGGAGGCUCAGAUGCAGCUCUAUCCUGGUUUAAUGCAGCUGAAGUCGGACAUUAGCGGACAGAGUGAUGUAGACGGAGCCGACAUGCUCCACCAUGGGCCAAUGGGUAUCGAGGGCCAGGGCUCGGGGGGUGUGGCUGAGACGCGAAUUGUGCGUCUGAUUGAGCCACUGAAAGAAAGGAGGCGGAUCCUUCUGGCCUCCAAAGAAAUGCACCAAGUCACUCAGGACCUGGAAGACGAGAUUGUGUGGAUUCAGGAGCGAUUACCGUUGGCCUCCUCUACGGAAUACGGCACCAAUAUGCAGAGCGUUCAGCAGCUUGUUAAAACCCACGAGGCCUUGCAGAUGGAGAUGCAGGCUAGAAAGGGGCGUGUCGAGGAGGUGCUGGACAGAGCCGAGGCAGUCGCCGCCCUUCGCACUCCUGAGGUGGAGAUUGUCAGAGAGGGAGCAAUGCACGUGAGGCAGCUGUGGGAGGUGCUACAGGUGGAGACGGAGCGUCGUACGGUGAUGCUGGAUGCGGUAAGCCACGCCCAGCAAUACUACACCGAGGCAGCGAAGGCGGAGUCGUGGCUCAGCGGGCAAAAGCUUCAUGUUCUCAAUGAGGAGGACGGCAACGAUGAAGCGAGCACGCUAAGGCUGCUGAAGGAACAGUUGGCUUUAGAGCAGAAGGUGGAGACUUACGCAGAGACCGUGGGGUUCCUGUCUCAGCAGUGCCGCCGCAUGUUGGAGCUGGGACACCCUGACAGUGAGCAGAUCACUAAGCAGCAGGCGCACAUCGACCGGCUCUACGUCUCCCUGAAGGACCUGGUGGAGCAGAAGAAGACCAAGCUGGAGCAGCAGUACUGGCUCUACCAGCUGAAGAAGGAGGUGGAGGCUCUGGAGAAAUGGAUCUCUGAGAGAGAGGCUGUAGCCAGCUCCACUGAGCUCGGCCAGGAUCUGGAGCAUGUCACGGCGCUGCAGGAGAGGUUCACCGAGUUUCGGGCCGAAACAAGCACCGCUGGUCAGAGGCAGAUGGACUCGGUGAACAAGAUGGUGAAUGAGAUGAUCGACUGCGGCCACGCAGAUGCUGCCACCAUUGCCGAGUGGAAGGACGGCCUGAACGAGUCCUGGGCCGACCUGCAGGAGCUGAUGGAGACCAGAGCACAGAUGCUUGCCGCCUCAUACCAGCUCCACAAGUUCUUCACCAACUGCCAGGAGGUGCUGGUGCAGAUUGAGGGGAAGAUGAGACAGUUACCGGAGGUGCGUUCGUGUCAGGUGAGCACUGCCAACCCCGGCACACUACAGAGAGUGCUACACUCCUUUGAACACUCUCUGCAGCUGCUUGUUUCACAGGUGCGUCAGCUGCAAGAGAACGCGUCUCAGCUCCGUGCAAUCUACGCUGGCGAGAAGGCUGACACCAUCUUGGUCCGUGAACAGGAAGUGAUGCGUGCGUGGAAGGAGCUCCUCAUGGCGUGCGAGGGCAGUCGUGUGCAGGUUACCACGGUGACGGACAAAAUCCAGUUCUUCGCCAUGGUGCGUGAGCUCAGCAUGUGGACAGACGGGAUCAUGGGACAAAUCGGCCCGGUCGACGAUCCACGGGAUGUGUCCACUUUGGAGUGCAUGAUCUCCCAGCACCAAAACCUAAAGAGUAAAAUGGAGAGCAAAAGCAAGAGUUUCAUGCACUGUGUGGAGAUGGGCAAGAUGUUGCUCGCGGCACACAAUCCUGCAGCUGAGGAGGUAAAGGAGAAGUUGGAGUAUGUGAUGGCGAAGCAGAAAGAUCUGAAUGAUAAGUGGGAGCAGCACUGGGAGAAACUCCAGCGCAUGCAGCAGCGGAUGAAGUCUGCACAAGCAAGCAAGGCUGAAGGGACGUUUCACGCUACGAAGGAGUCGCUGAGCAGCGGUGGUGAGGCAGAGGGCGGGGCUGACGAGGUGGAGCAGCUGAUUCGCCGACAUGAAGCGUUCCGUAAGGCGGCAUCUACCUGGAAGGAGCACUUCAACUCCUUACGACAGGCAGAGAAAUUGAAAGAAGAGCAAAGCAAGCAGUCCACCACCUCGUCUCUCCUCAACAGACAAAUGUUUCCUUUGUCCUGCCUCGUGCCCAGCUCUUCCUCGUCCUCUUCUUCCUCGUCUCUUUUCCGGAGCCCUCUGCAGGACAUGCUCCUCGAGCCCAAAUCUGGUCCAGACCUUACACAUACCCCACACGCUUUUGCCCAGAGGCUCGGAUCUGCACUGAAUCCCUACGCUCCCAUCAUGAAUGGCUCCCCCUACCAUAGGCUCAACCAACAAGUCGGGGCGUUGGGCACAAACAGCUCCAGUCAAACCGGGUUAAACCAACAGGGUGUUUUUGGGGUGGACAGCUCGAGUUACACUGGCCUAAACCAGGUCGGCAUGUUGGGUUCAGACAGCUCCAGCUACACUGGAUUAAACCAAUCUGGUGUCACAGGGGCCAAUGGCCUGAACCCCCUCAGCGCUAUGGGUAUGACUGAACCCAAAACCGCAUUCGCCUGGCAGCAGCUCAAAGCUGACUUCCAGCCCAGGAUCAAUCACAUGCACAAGGCUGUAGGUCCUCUGCUAGAGGCCCACGCCAGGCACCUGGUCCCAACAGGAGUGCCAGUGGGCACCGAGGCAUCCCUGGAGUUGCUCCACGGACGGCUGCAGAGGGACCCUCGCGGCAGCCGCUCAGACCCGCAGAUGGACCACCUGCGCAGGGAGAGGGAGUACCGGCUCGGGCGCCACACCUCCAGUGAGCAGGAGAUCCAGGCGCGGCUCAACGAGCUGCCCAUGAUUGUGCGCCAGGAGAGGCACCAGCGGCGCAGACUAGAGCGUCAAUCGUCCAGCGAGCAUGAGGGCAGUGGCAGGCAGAGACUUCCGAAACAGGACUCCAGCGACAAGGAGUCGGGGAAAGAAGGGUCAGACAAGAAGCAGACAGGGGAAAAACGCUCCACCAUGGCGGAGAUUGUUGAACAGGUGCAGGAGAGAGAAGCAUGCCAAGCGAGGGGAGAGGUGUAUCGUCCUUCCAGCAGUCUCUCCGCCCCUGUCUCCCGUCUUGACCGGCCUCGUGCUCGUGAUCGACCGAAACCACGCCGACGGCCGCGUCCCAAAGAACCCGAGGAGACGCGGCGGUCACGGUCAGCACCGGCUCAGAGUGCGCCAAGCACGCCACAGCCACCCACGCAUACCGUUCACCAGGAGGGCUUCCUGUACCGCAAACACGAAGAGGAGGGCAAGGAAAAGAGCCCCAACAGCAAGUCGUGGGUGAACUUGUACUGCGUGCUCAACAAAGGCGAGAUCGGAUUCUACAAGGACGCCAGGAACACGACGACCCCGUACAACGACGAGCCGCUCCUCAACCUAGCCAUCUGUACCUUCGACACCACCAACGGCUACAAAAAGAAGAAGAACGUCUUCAUCCUGAGGAGUGAAACCGAUGGGGACUAUAUCUUCCUGGCCAAAGACGAGGAGGACCUGAAGCGUUGGGUGAACAGCAUAAACGCCAGCCUGAGCGAAAUCGAGGAGAUCGCCAAGUGGGAGAAACCCACCACCUCCUCCACCGACCCUGACAAAUCAGAACGCAAGGAGCGCUCCGAGGGGGCGGAGCCAUCGGAGAAGUCGGAGCGCUCGGAUCAGUCGGACAAGCGAGAGGGGGAGAAGAGCUCUGAAAGCUCCGAAAAGAGGGACACGUUGGAGAGAGUGAGGGUGGAGCGACGAGGGAGGGAGAGAGGAGACAGAGGAGACAGAGAGAGAGAGAGGGAGAGGGACAGAGGAGAAAGAGGUGAGAGAGGAGACAGAGAGAGAGAGAGGGAGAGAGAGAGAGGAGAAAGAGGAGAGAGAGGAGAAAGAGAGAGGGAGAGGGAGAGGGAGAGGGGAGACCGGAGUUCCAGGGGUUCGAGCACCUCUGGGAAAAGUAAAUGAUCCACUCAGCUCAUCAAUCCAUCCAUCCAUCUUUCCAUAGACCCACCGAGAGUGGAGGAGAAGAGAAGAACGAGCUCUUUUACUUCUCCGACAGUCCGAUGACACGCUGGUGAGGUUUUCCUGUGAACACAGCAUCCAAAGAAAGCGUCUGCAAAAAAAAAAAAGCAAAAGCAUAGUAAUUAAUCUCGUCCUAAAACGAGUAAACAAGGUAAAAACGUCCCCUAGAUAACUGAAAAGCCUUUUUAAACGAAAGCAAUAUGAUAUAUGCAGUAGAUGAUUUAAUACCCCCCCACCCCCCGUUUGUGGGUGUGUGUGUGUGUGUGUGUGUGUGUGUGUGUGUGUGUGUGUGUGUGUGUGUGUGUGUGUGUGUGUAUUUGUGUGUGUGUAUAAGCAGGAGACAGUGAGGAAACGGUUUCCUACGGGAAACGUGAAGACACUCAGGACUAGAAAUGAAAAGAGCGGCAUGCGGACACGCACUCCCACGUGGAACCACACACACUUGACACGCUCCACUGAUUAGGCUGACAUCGUAACCCUGCUUCAGUAGCGAAUCAUGUUAAAGAAAACAGUCAUUCGUCUUUAGUAAGAACUUCUAGAGGUAAUCGAUGAAAUAUACACAGUUGUACACACUCACUCCAAACAAAAAAUAAGGAUAUGUUCAGUGUCUGAAGUUUGCUUCUUCGGUUUUGUACCAGAGCUACGAGGCUAACACGGGUAACAAGUCAACAAAGCGCUUAGCCACUAGUUUAGAGUAGAUCACCAGCAGAUCGUCUAAAUCCACGGUACUCAAAUCACCAAACACCAAAUAUUGGGGUUUGGUAACCAAGUUUGAUCUAGUACAUCCUGUU